AUGCAGGGGGCGCGCCCCGCGCUCUGGGCCGCGGCGCUGACGGCGCUGGCGCUGCUCCGCGGACCCCCGGCGGCUCGGGCGGGCGCGGGCGCGGCGGGCGCGGGCCCCGUGGUGCGCUGCGAGCCGUGCGACGCGCGCGCCCUGGCGCAGUGCGCGCCGCCGCCCACCGCGCCCGCGUGCCCCGAGCUGGUGCGGGAGCCCGGCUGCGGCUGCUGCCUGACGUGCGCGCUGCGCGAGGGCCAGCCGUGCGGCGUCUACACCGAGCGCUGCGGCGCCGGCCUCCGCUGCCAGCCGCCGCCCGGGGAGCCGCGCCCGCUGCAGGCGCUGCUGGACGGCCGCGGGCUCUGCGCCAACGCCAGCGCCGCCGGCCGCCUGCGCGCCUACCUGCUGCCUGCGCCGCCAGCGCCAGGAAACAGCAGCGAGUCGGAGGAGGACCACGGCGCGGGGGGCGCGCAGGCCCUGCCUGGCACGCACCGGGUGCCCGACGCCAAGCUGCAGCCCCUGCACACGAAGAUGGAUGUCAUUAAGAAGGGGCACGCCAAGGACAGCCAGCGCUACAAGGUGGACUACGAGUCCCAGAGCACCGACACCCAGAACUUCUCCUCCGAGUACAAGCGGGAGACGGAAUAUGGGCCCUGCCGCCGGGAGGUGGAGGACACGCUGAACCGGCUCAAGUUCUUGGAUAUGCUCAGCCCCAGGGGCAUCCACAUCCCCAACUGUGACAGGAAGGGCUUCUAUAAGAAGAAGCAGUGCCGCCCCUCCAAGGGCAGGAAGCGGGGCUUCUGCUGGUGUGUGGACAAGUAUGGGCAGCCGCUGCCCGGCUUCGAUGCCAGGGGCAAAGGCGACAUUCACUGCUACAGCAUGGACAGCAAGUAGACGCCGCUGGCCACUUAACGUGGAGCUCAGAAACGCCUUAUUUUGCACAAAAGACUGCCAAGGACAUGAUCAGCAUCUGGCUACAGCCUCAAUUUAUAUUUCUUUUUUGUGGUGAAUUGAUUUUUUCUUUUAACCAAAGUUUAGAAAGAGAUGUCUGCGACGCCUAGGGCUCUUCUAGGUGGUGAACCAGGGCGCCUUCCACCUCCCAGGAGUCCGUGGGACGCCGCUUGGUUUUUCUUCCUGCUUCCUCCAAACGUACACGUAAACCCCAGUGCUGCGCGUCCCCGAGCGCUCCCGCGUGUCUGCCCGCGCAGCCCACCCUCCGCCUCAAGACCGAGCGACUGUUGCCUCCGUGGAGCACAGGCCUCGUCCCCGCUCGGGAAGCAGGCACAGGCCUCGCAAGGAUGGGGAGCCCCGCACCUGGUGGUGUCUGAGACCCCCCGGUGCACCUGCCAGGGGCUCACGUCCAUCGGGCAAGGGCCCAGCUCGGCUCGUGGAGAGGGUCCUGCGAGCCUUCAGGGGGCCACCCUGGGGAAGAGCAGAGAGUAGAUGAGUCUUACAGGAAAAUUCGAGAAGCCAAGAAUGUCGUCGGGAUCCCCAGGAGCCCGUGAGAGCAGGUGUUCCUGACCCUCUGGGUUAGGCAGCUUCCCAGGGGUGCAAGGUGGAGGGCUGGGGACCCGCCAGCAGAGGCAGCCCCAUGGGGCCGGGGGCACCACAAGAAUUGGCCCUUUUCAGCGGCCGUGGAACGAGAGCAGAAUUAUUUGGGGACCGCAGACCACAAACCACGUUUCCCCCGUUCAGCAGUUCCAGAACCAGGUUUAUCUUUGAGGAUGAGCUCCUUUCUGUCCUUGUCUUCCUCUGCACGAUGUAAAAAGAGUUAAAAAUCAGUUCGGUCACCUGGCAGAGAGGGAUGGCCCGCCGGGGACGCGGGGGCCACCUAGACAAUCCAUGCGCUCACACGGGACUCCCCCUGCUUCUCCUUCUAGUCACACGUAGACGCAGAGAAUGUGCAUUCCGCCUGAGGUGUCCCCUUGUAUACGUCAUAGUCCAGAUGCGCUAGGAGCUGAUCUAGGUAACCGUAGGCACGAGGUUAGCACACGAGGGUGGCCGCGCGGGACGACAGAACCCUGGUGGGCUGCGGCGGCAGGCCAGGACUCCAACUAGCGGGAGCGGGAGACCCCGGGCUGGAGUGCCGCCCGCGGCCCCUUGGGGACACAGAGGGGCCUCGAGACGUUCGCCUCUUAGCUUUCCUUUAUUUUUUUAAUUAAGUUUUUUUGGGGAAAAAAGGUAUUUUUGAAAAGUUUGUCUUGCGAUGUAUUUAUAAAUAGUAAAUAAAGUUUUUACCAUAAGGAGA